AGGUCGUCGUGACGGACGCAGAUCAUGGGCAAAAACAGCGAAAAGGCAAUGGCGGCUGCCCGUUGGAUGGCCAAUGAGCCCGUCGUGUGAAAACUCUUGAAAAAAUGUGAUCUACACGUCCCGACCGAUGGAUGUAAAUUUGAGGUGUGGCCUGAAGGCAGGGGAAUAAUAUUGCCUGCAAAGGUAAACAUGGCACACAGUAUGUGCAGGCAAUGGCAGUCGAAUGGAUUUGUCAUCGAAUCGAUUAGAUAAUGAAUGGUGAUCAUUGGCAAAUUAAGUAGACAGAUUAUACAGCAGCAGGCAGGAAGGAGUAAAUGAGCUAGUGCAUCUGAGUAAUGAGCGAGACUCGGCAUCCUAUUCGCUCGGUCUCGGACUUAUACGCAGCCGACGAAAUAGAGGUGCUUCUCCUAGAAGAGAUACGCGAUCUGGAACCACCACCUGCCAUAUAUUCUAAACCCGAAGACAUACAAGACUUCGAGAUUGGCAGCAGGACAGGGGGGCGAAUCAGCUCCCAAUCAUCGGAGCUGGAUUCGCCAGGAGUCCACUCGACAGUCCAUUCCUGGGAUUCACAUGCCAACUAUCAUGGUCACUAUGGUAAUAGUGACCAUAGGGGUGGCUCUUCAUCCAAUGCUCUGCAUUGGUCCCAUGCUAGUCACGUGGUUAUUUACUGCGACAUACAGGGACACCUUAAAACGCCUACGGGCGUCGUUAGACUUUUGUUACUUAUAUCUUCUGCAGCUUGUUUGGCAACUUUAUACAGUUCUGGCACUGCCAAGGUCAGCCUUUUUAUGCUGCCUUUAGCAGAUCGUUUACGGUUCAUGAGCUUUGUAGCUGUUUUCUGUAUCUUGGUUAUUGCAGUUCUUCUCUUCCUUGAUAUUUCGCACGUUAUUUACAUCCUUCCUUUAAAUUGGGCCAGGGUGAAUGGUAUAGUAUUCACCGGCAUAGGCUUGUCGUUUGUCGCGAGUAGCACGUUACUAGCAUGUACAGUAUGGGAAUACUACGGCGGAGAUUGGGUACCAAAGCGCACACGUUUCCAAUUAUCUGCUGCGGCAGCAGUGGGCCUUUCAUGUGCUCUCUUAGCAUUUUUACUUUGCUGGAUACAUUGUCGAAGCGGCUCGAGCUGCAAAGGCCAAGAUUCUCGUAGCCACACACCGACACAGCUCUACAAACCCGUUGACAAUUCUUCCUCCUCCGGGGUCACUUUGAAGGAACGCAGCCCCAAGCGAUCCGCCUCGUGGGCCGUGAAAAAUCAGCAAUCGAAGAAGCGCAACGUGGACAGUGACACGAACACGAGUAACGGUGGUCACCGUGGUAGCAAUCACGAGAAAUUUAAGCAGGGCGCCAAUAGAAAGGACCAUUGGGCCUCGGCGAAGCAACAUAUUUUAGAUACACACACAAAUAACGAGGAUGCUCAGCGGGAGGAGACGGAGAUCGAGAGGAGGCGGAGACGACGGAAACGGGAGGGUGACAGUAGCUCAACUGGCGAUGGGAAUCCACCCAGUAAUAGUAAAGACGACGCUAGCGUCAGCGUGGAGGAGGCCAAGACUAGGCGGGUACCGCGGAAAUUACCUCUGCAAUCGACAGUGGAGCAACCUCGCUCGUGGUCCGAGGCCGAACGUAGGAAUAGUGGCACUAUGCAAAUGCGAAGUAAAACUAGGCAAGUGCCGGUGAAUAACGAUGCACAGAAUUGUUGUGUCGACAUGAACGAGUCCCUCAAUACGUCUAUCAAUCAAGUGACUCGUAACGGUCUGCGAAACUGGGAGACGGAAUGUACGUCUAGCAGUGUCCUAGAAGAGAUUACUGACGUAAAUGUGGUUGUUCGUAACGCCAUGUGGUCAGGACAGUGGCGCCCACCACCAGAUGAUGUUCAACCUUGCUCUAGUAAAACUAUUGAUCCUUACAGCUUUGCCUGAUCGUCCUGUGAAAUACGAAGUACGCACGUUAGGUAAAUCGAUGAAUUUGUUCAAGUCCGAGCAGUUUCUGUGAAUAAUUUUGCGUGUAUUUGUGUGUGCGCCUGUCUGUACAUGUGCCUGUGCGUAUGUGUGUGUGUAUGCGUGUAAUGUACGGGAAAUUUUUUAUAAGACAAGUACAUAUAUUGUACGUAGUACUGUAGCAAGUACUGUAUACUUUACGUUGAACGUUUUUUCUCUUCAUUACAUAAAUUACCGCAAUCAGAGUUGAAGUGUUACUUGUUACAUAAUUGAAGUCGUUACCUCUCUCUUAUUUGCGUACGAGCUUGCCUGAUUUCAACAACGUACCUUGUACUUUACGCGAAACAAAAUGCACAGUGACUGAAAUAGAGGGUUUGAUUCCUACAUACUCUUGAUUUUGACAUACGUUUUCAACUGUGCAUGAAACCGAAUGUGAUUUAAGCGUAAGAAACAUAGAUUGUUACACCCCACCCACAUGCAAUAGACGAAGAAGAGACCAGAGCCCAAAUUAACUGUCGGGUUUGCCGUUAUCGAAUUUUUGCAGGAUGAAAAAUCGCGUCGAGAGAUUUAUAAUCCUGCAUAACGUUAUUGCUGCCUUGUACAUUUCGCUGCCAAGAGGAUAGAUUUUCUUUACUUGUUUAGGCCCUGAUGUUUUGCAUCACACGAAACCAGACUGCCCAACUUUGAUAAGCAAAUAAUGUCACUUCAUUCCAAUCAUGUACCAAAUAAUCUAAGUGAAUUUUAACAUGGAUUUUCUAUAAGUAUAAGACCACUAUAUAGCACGUAACACCGAUAUAUAUAUUUGGCUAAUCAUUCCUAUUGUAUUUUGAUGCCAACAUAUUUUGAGCUCCAUGCAUACUUGAAAGUGUUUACGUAGAAAUCGCUCAUCGUGUAAGAUGAAAGUGUAUAUAUUGAAACCUUGAAAGGGUAUAUGCAUAUAAUGUGGAAAAAAAUGUGCCGGUAGACUGAUCUCUCUAUCAAUCCUACAUUACGAAAAAUAAGCAAUUGCGACUGUAAUUUGCGGUAUAAUUUCUCUAUUCUCAAGUUCAUGUGUUAUUAGCUCUCUUAAGAUACAAGCAAGAGGCUUCAAGCUCGAUUGGUUAAUUCGACUGUGCUUAUAUAUACAUAUAUAUAUAUAUAACCAAAGAUUAAUUUCAAGAUCUGUAAGAGACUCUUAAAUGUUGUCAUUAUAAGCAAAGUAUGCGCGAAAAACUAAAGUUAAUUAAUUAUUAUAGAACACAUAAGAAUGAUAUUUUUAAUAAAGCUAAUAACUAAGAAAAUAUUUAUACAUGAAAUCAGGAUAAUUUUCUACACAUUCCACAAAUGAAUCUAAUUUUCAUUUCGAUUUUAUUUCUUAUUGUGUUCAAGUUAUAAUCGAAUAGCUUUUUAAUAAUUAGCAGAAUAGCGUUUAAAAUGAUCGUAAUAAUAUUUUACUUUGCAAUGACAAUACCUUUAUAUACAUACUUCACACAAUGGCCUUAUAAAAUUUUAAAUUCUUACGAAAGCACAUUUUGAAAAAAAAUUUUUAACAAUAAUUUCAUAUAGAGAGAAAGAGAACGUACGAAAGAGAGAGAGAGAAAGAGAGAGAGAAAAAUUUUUCAACGAUUUAUGAUAAGAUUUUACAAUUGAUGUCUUUAUUGGAAAAUCGGUUUGGCGUCAGUUAUUUUCCUGUAUGCGUGGAACGAUUAUUCAUUGCAUUAUACUGAUUGGCUCAUAAACUUUGAAGUAUGCUUAUUAUAUUACAACAAUAUUAUUCUUGCAUAAGGAGAGACGGACUUACAAGUAUAAAUUUAAAUGAAUUUAUCGUACGAAACUUUCAAUAUAGAAUUAUUAAGUAACAUUAAUUUAAAAAUUACUAUCAACAUGUAUCAUUGAUUAUUAUUAUAAUAAUGAAAUGUUUAUCAUCGCUUAAAGCAGAAAAUAACAGUUGCUAAUUUUAAUUCAAGCUUUAGGGAGAAAUAGUCCGUCUCUGUUCUUGUAUAGAAACGUACACACCAUUUUUCAACAUUUUACAUAGCUUUAAUAUUAUUAGACGAAUAGAGAGAGGGAGAAAGAGAGAGAGAGAAAGAGAGAGAGAGAGUAUAUAUUAUUUAUUGUUAUAUUAAUUUUUUAUAUAACAAAAAAGUCUAGUCAACUCUAGUCAAACUUUUUUUUGUACAACUAUCUUUUUAAUAAUUUAUUAAAUUGAAAAGUAAGAUAUUUUUUAGUACAUACAUAUCGUGUUAGAAGUACAAUUCAUCCUAGAACUGUGAGCGCUUGUGUUUCUUGAUUAAACACCUAUCUCUUUUAAUAUAUAACAGUGUCACGCACACUUUUUGCAAAUUUCUCAUUUACCUCAUUUCUCUCCUUUUUUUUUUAACAAUCAUCACGAUCGUAAUAAUCGAAUAAAUAUAAAUGUAUAUCUGUUAAUUUUGAUUAUGUAUAGAUUGAUCAUGAGCAAUUAUUUUUUUGUUUUUUGAUACGAUAUCGCGAAUAUAAACGUGAACGAAGGGACAGACACACAUCGCACAUUUGUCGAACUUUCAUGCGUCGACCUUAAAUCAAUUAAUAGCGUAAGAAAAAUGCGUGUUCAUAUAGGUUCAUAAAGAGAGAUAACGUAUAAUACAGCAGCUUCGUUGUUGCAAAUAUCGACGAUGUCUAGUUCACUGUGUUGGGCACAAUAACGAGUAACGUAUAAUUUUCUGUAUAUGGUCCAUUGUUGUAAUAAACACUGGAAAACGUUUGAAAGUGUGAAUAUAUCUUAAAGUAAAUAAUACUUUACAAUAACGAAUUGAACAAAAUAUUACUUGUGGGGCGCAUAAAGCGAUCAGCUUUGAGUGAAUUCAAUACAAACUGUAUAGACACUGCCAGAAAGAAGAAAUAUAAAACUCUUUGACUGUAAUGUAUGUCGAUCAAAUCCAUUUUCUCUCAAUGAUUUUAUAUCUGAGGCUUUGUGAUUCUAUAUGAUUUGCUUUAAUUUGUAAUUUGAAUUCGAAUUUAUCUGUUUAAAACAUCUGCAAGGCAACACACACAUAUUUUGUUGCAAAAUUAUUUUAUAUAUUUUAUAUUUUAUAUAUUAAUAUUAUUUGCGAAGUAUUUUAGAUUCUCAUUUAGAAUUCUUAAACUUUUUAAGAAAUCAAGAAAAGAAUUUAUCGAAUAAUAGCAUCAAUUUUAUCGACAAAUAAAGAACUAUAUAACUAAUAAAGACCUAUCGAUUGAAGUUAUUAUUGCAAUAAACGUCAGGCUUUUAUUUGACUCUAGCUUACUCCGUAAAAAUUAUUUGCUUCAACGAAGUUAAUAAGUAGCAGUAUAUUUGUGAUACAUAGAGCACUGUUUUUUCCAGAAUUUGUAUGAGUAAAUCAUCAUUUAGGCAAUAAAUUUCAAUUACGAUUAAUAGAUGCAUAAUUUCUUUACGUGUUAAGCUCAGUCGACGAUAAUCUGUAGUGAUAGCAUGACAAUCCAAGUCUAUAUACCUGAUAAUUCUCCCACAGGUCGGGCGAGCGCGAAGGGAAUCGACAGGAAACUAUUGUGUAAAGUGUAAGUGUGUGUAAAAUGGAUAUCCUAAAUAUAAUAAAUUGAGAAAUACAAUUCUUAUGAUUUCGACAAUUAGGAACUCAAUUUCACAGAAUAGAUUCCUGCCUAUUCAUCUUAAUCUUCUCUUAGCAGGAUAAUUCAAUUGGCCUAAUCUUGCAUUCGUACGAUAGCCAUGUGACGCACAAGAAUGUUUGUCCCAUUUGAGUAAUGCGGAAUGUGUUUUCAUACUUAUGUAUUUGGUAUUUAUGUAUUUGAGUAUCGAAUAUAAUGUCAUCGUAUUUAUAUAUUUAAUUAUAUAUGUGAGUGUGAAUAAUAUGUGAUGCUGCCAAUACUUAUAGCGAACAUUAAAUACCGUAGCGACUCAUCAAUUGUAGGAUUGUUAGGUGAAUCACGAAUUGAAUGUCAGAAGUCGAAAAAAUGUGGGAUAAAUACAGCUAGACAGAUUAUCAAGGAUAAGACAAGUAUGAAGCGUCUUGAUAAUUUGUCUUGCCGAUAGCAAAUGAUCGGGACAAUAAAUAUGAUGGAUGAGUCGCAUAACACCUAAAUUAGCGUUCCCUAUUCUUUUAAAUGUCAUUUUAUACGUUUAGGAGUAAAUGAGUAUUGUAUACUAUUGACUGAUGAAGUUGUGUGACUGUAAAUGUUACAAUAUAUCACAAAUCACCUAUUCAUUAAAAUGGAUCUUGUGUGACGUUACUCGAACAGAACAGUGUACAUUUGUUAACUAAACACGUUAAAUACGGUUUAAUUCGGUGUAACUAAAUAUAACAUCGUAUUUUGCAUAUUGAAAAAUCAUUGUUACACAGUCCGAAAUACAAAUAAAUUA